AUGUUUCCAAGCGAGUCUACAUAUACCAAACUUAAUCAAGAACACUCAGACCAUUCGAUAGAUGAAGAUAUUAUAUCUAUCGGAUCGGUUGAGGAGUUUCUAGAGUCAAUAGAAUUACAAACUUCUCAAUUCUUAAAAAAUAAACCAGACGACGAAAAUACUUCUUUAACUUCGCCGAGGGGACAAAAUACGUUAAGUCCUCCUACCCAUACCUCCCUAUUAAAUAUGCCUCACGUAAAAAGUCCUUCUCAGGCUUCUAAGUACAAAAUAGAGGUCCCUAUAGAGCUCAAUUCGCCGCAACCAGCGAGUAUAUACUUAGAAACUCCGCCACCUAUACCGCAACAACAGGCUAACAAUACUCUCAGGGAAGGAUUGCUUCCCAGUAAUCCAUCGUCUAUAUUGGAUCAUUAUCCCAAAAGUUCAAUAUUUUCCACGAUCAAAGACUGUGCUGGAUUAAUUAUCUUUACUAUAUUCUUUUCUACAAUCGCUGGAAUCUUAUGGAUUGCAUCACUUCGACUAUUUGUUAAGAUUAUAAUAUAUGGUAUCACCAUUGGUGUCCCACUUUGUUGUACCACCUUGUUUGUUUGGGCGUUAAAUCAAUCACUUACGCGCGAAUCGAAAGUUGCGCAGGAUUAUUGGUAA